GUUACAGAAUAAGACACCCCACAUAAUAAGAAUGGCCGAGAAAGCUUCCCUCCUUGUUGCAUGCCUGUUAGCAUUGAACACAAUCUACUGUCUUCCGGCACACUCACCGGGGACAAAAUUUUCUCCUACACCGACUGAAAAAUUUUCAAAACAUGCAGUGCUAGACCCAGAUGGAAAUUUUCAUUUAUUUUGGAAUUUCAAUUCCACUCAUAUAACGUUUGAAGCUCAUGUAAAAACACACGGAUAUGUUGGCUUUGGACUCUCUCCAAAUGGAAAGAUGUACCCAGCAGACAUCGUCGUUGGAUGGGUAAAGCAUGGACAUGCAUUCUUGAAGGAUAGGCACUCCAGUGGCCAUUUUGAACCAGUCAUUGAUGCUUCACAGGACUGGGUUCUUCUUCAUGGAGCAGAAAACCACCAUGGAACCGUGAUCAAAACUGUCCGAAAACUGGACACGUGUGACGAUGAUGACGUCAAGAUAACGAACGACACCAUUCGAGUAAUCUACGCCUACAGUGAGCAUGAACCACAGCACGAGGAUGGAGGUCUUGUUUAUCAUGGAACCCACAGAGGAGCCAAAAGUCUCAUGCUAUUAACUGAGACCAAAAAAGCUACCAUCCCAAGUGACGUCAUAACGAGAGAUCUGCUGAAUAACAGGUUUCUUAUACCAGAUGUUGACACCUUUUAUAUGUGUAGAGUAUUUGACCUCUCUGACUUUGGAAAGAAACAUCACCUGAUCAAGUACGAACCAAUAGUACAAAAAGGCAAUGAGGAAGUCGUUCACCAUAUUCUUCUACACAAAUGUUCUGGGAUAGACAGAAAAUACAUUGGCGUUAGGUUUGAUUGUAACCACAGCCACAACCCACAGCUUAGGACCUGCAGCAACAUCAUUCUGGCUUGGGCAGUUGGAGGCGAGGCGUUUUAUUACCCUGAGGAAGCUGGUCUACCACUCGGAGAACCAGGGGACAAUGACCUUUUCAUUAUGGAGACUCAUUAUAACAACCCUAACAGGAGAAAUGAUUUUGUGGAUAACUCUGGAUUUCGUUUGACCUUGACCCCGACACUUAGAAGACAUGAUGCCGGUAUUCUGAUGGCAGGGAUUGCAGUCAAUGAUUUGCAAAUUGUUCCUCCAUUUGAAAAAGAGUUCCUGUCGAGUGGAUUUUGUACAAAAGAAUGUUUGAAAAAGGGUCUUGAUGCUUUCUCUGACGGAGUAAAUGUAUUUGCAAUUUUGGAGCACGGUCAUUUGCUGGCAAGAAAAAUGAAGACCAGAAUUUUCCGGAAUGGGACAGAACUAGAACCGUUAGCCGUGGAUAAUAAUUAUGAUUUCAAUUACCAAGAUUAUCGAUACUAUCCCAAGCCAAGGAAACUAAUAUCGGGCGAUGCAUUGGUUGUGGAAUGUACUUAUGAUUCUUCUCACAAGUCUGCUGUUACUUAUGGAGGGUUAGCUACCACUGAUGAGAUGUGUCUAUCUUUUCUGGUUUAUUACCCACGGAUGGCUGUAGAAAGCUGUCAAAGUACCCCGAUGUAUAACAAUGUCCCAAGGAAAGACUACUCUAGUGGACGUGCAGUGACAUCUUUGUAUGACUUAACUUCGGCAACCUCCAGAACGUAUUUCAAAAUUGCACUCCACACAACAAAUCACUGGGCAGCCUGUCUCGGCGCCUCACUGACUCCUCAGUACAGUCAUCAAGAACUUCAGAUGCUCACCCCAGAUUCUCCGUACUAUGAACCCCCAUCUACAUGUCCUUCGUCGAUGAACCAAAAGAUGACGACACUGCCCACAACACACAAUCCAUGUGGAUCUCCUACACCAACGGAACAAUAUGACUUUCAGGAAAACCUCGAUCCUGACGGAAAGUACGUGCUGUUCUGGAAUGUAAACAAAACUCGCAUAGUAUUUGAGGCACACGUAGAAACAAAAGGGUACAUCGGAUUUGGUUUAUCACCAAACGGGAACAUGUAUCCUGCUGACAUCAUUGUUGGAUGGGUGAAAGAUGGCGUUCCUCAUUUCAAGGACAUGCACAGUGUUGGUCACUCUAGACCUAUCGUGGAUUCGUCUCAAGAUUGGCAUCUACUUUAUGCAAAUGAGGAUAGUUGUCGGACUUCUUUGAAAAUGGUCAGGAAACUAGACACCUGUGAUGAUAAAGACUUCAAAAUCACGGAUAACACAGUGAAGGUUAUUUAUUCGUACCACCAUAGUGAUCCAACCAGCCAUAGCACCAUUAUGUAUCAUGGUAUGAACCGCGGGGUCAAAAGUCUCUUGCUUCUGUCCAAAAUAUCGCCUCCAGUGCUAGAGAGCGACUCUAAAGUCAUUGAUAUUUUCAACAAUAACUACCAUGUACCUGCUGUCGAUACAACGUACAGCUGCCGAAUCUUUGACUUGUCUACACUACACAAAAAGCACCAUCUAACCAAGUUCGAGGUUAUUGUGCAAAAAGGCCAUGAAGUGUUGGUCCAUCAUAUGGUUCUUUACAAGUGUCCAGGAAUCAACAGAAAUCUAAUAAACUCCCCUAAUUACGUGUGUCACGAUGACCCCGACAAAUCCAAACAACCGUGUGGUAAAAUCAUUGCCAUCUGGGCCGUGGGUGGAGAGGCGUUCUACUUCCCUGACGAGGCUGGACUUCCGGUGGCUGAACCUGGAGACACAGAUCUGUACAUCAUGGAAACCCAUUACAACAACCCAGGAUUGAGAAACGACUUUGUUGAUAGUUCUGGUUACCGUUUGACCGUGACCCCCACCCUGAGGCUUCAAGAUGCCGGUAUUCUUGAGGUGUCAGCAAUGGUUGACCAGAGUAUGGUUAUUCCUCCGCAUCAGCCCAACUUUAUCUCAACCGUCUUCUGCAACGAAUCUAUUUUACAUCAGGGUCUUAAAGACUUUCCAGGCGGCGUCCACGUCUUUGGGGUCCAGCAUCACGCCCAUCUUCUCGGCAAGGCGAUAAAAACAAGACUCAUCCGAGGUGGGGUGGAGCAGAAACCAUUAGCAGACGACAGACAUUACGACUUUAAUUAUCAGGACUUCCGUCGAACAAACAGAACCCUAAGAGACGGUGAUAGUAUUAUUUUAGAAUGUACAUAUGACUCAACAGGAAGGACCAAUGUAACAUACGGUGGCUUUUCUACAAGUGAAGAAAUGUGUGUGUCCUCCUUAUUCUAUUAUCCACGUACACGACUGUUCACGUGCCUCAGUAAGCCACUGUAUGAUCGACUUCACGACAACGUUAACGCCCAGUGGGGUUACCUUGGGCCACUGACAUCCAAGAUCAAUACCUUUGACUGGAAAAACUCCACUGUUUUCCAAACGUUUAAGGAAAGUCUGUACAAAGAUUCUUACUUCUACAUAUACGGACACGACAGAAACGUGUCGGACAAUUCUAAUAAUCCAUACAUAACGAUGGCUGAUGUAGCUGCUCUCCUUGUCGUAUGCCUUCUAAUAGUAAAAACAAUUGAUGGUCUUCCUGCACAGUCACCGGGGACAAAAUAUUCUCCAACACCGACAGAGAAUUUUUUAAGACACACGGUGCUAGACCCAGCUGGAAACUUUCAUUUAUUUUGGAAUUUCAAUACCACUCAUAUAACGUUUGAAGCUCAUGUAAAAACACACGGAUAUGUUGGCUUUGGACUUUCUCCAAACGGAAAGAUGUACCCAGCAGACAUAGUCGUUGGAUGGGUAAAACACGGACAUGCAUUCCUGAAAGAUAGGCACUCCAGUGGACAUUUUGAACCAGUCAUUGAUGCUUCACAGGACUGGGUUCUCCUUCAUGGAGCAGAAAACCAACAUGGAACCGUGAUCAAAACUGUCCGAAAACUGGACACGUGUGACGAUGAUGACGUCAAAAUAACGAACGACACCAUUCGAGUAAUCUACGCCUACAGUGAGCAUGAACCACAGCACGAGGGUGGAGGUCUUGUUUAUCAUGGAACCCACAGAGGAGCCAAAAGUCUCAUGCUAUUAACCGAGACCAAAAAAGCUACCAUCCCAAGUGACGUCAUAACGAGAGAUCUGCUGAAUAACAGGUUUCUCGUACCAGAUGUUGACACUUUUUAUAUGUGUAGAGUAUUUGACCUUUCUGACUUUGGAAAGAAACAUCACAUGAUAAAGUAUGAACCAAUAAUAGAUAAAGGCAACGAGGGGAUAGUCCACCACAUUCUUCUUCACAAGUGUUCUGGAGUAGACAGAAAAUAUGCUGGUGUUAGAUUUGAUUGUUAUUCUAAUCACAACCACCAACUCAAACCCUGCGGCAAUAUUAUUCUGGCUUGGGCAGUUGGAGGAGAGGCGUUUUAUUACCCUGAGGAAGCUGGUCUACCACUCGGAGAACCAGGGGACCAUGAUCUUUACAUCAUGGAGACUCAUUAUAACAAUCCUGACAGGAGAAAUGAUUUCGUUGAUAAUUCUGGAUUUCGUCUGACCUUGACCCCGACACUAAGGAGACACGAUGCUGGGAUUCUGACAGCGGGAAUGAGAGUCAAUGACAUGCAGAUAGUGCCUCCUUUCGAAAAGGAGUUUCUAUCUAGUGGCUUUUGUACACAAGAGUGUUUAAAACAGGGUCUCGAUUCUUUCUCCGAGGGAGUAAAUGUAUUUGCAAUUCUGGAGCACGCUCAUUUGCUAGCAAGAAAAAUCAAGACUAGGAUUAUUCGUAAUGGUACUGAAUUAGAACCGUUAGCAGUGGACAAUAAUUAUGAUUUCAAUUACCAAGAUUAUCGAUAUUAUCCCAAGACAAGAAAAUUAAUGUCGGGCGAUGCGCUGGUUGUGGAAUGUACUUAUGAUUCUUCUCACAAGUCUGCUGUUACUUAUGGAGGGUUAGCCACCACUGAUGAAAUGUGUCUAUCUUUCUUGGUGUACUACCCACGGAUGGCUGUUGAAAGUUGUCAGAGUACCCCGAUGUAUAACGGUAUCCGUAGAAAUGGCCAUGGCGGACGUCCAGUGGCAGCCAUGUUUGAUUGGACUUCCUCAUCUUCCAGAAAUUAUUUCAAUAUUGUACUGGCAUCAACAAAUCACCGGGCGUCCUGUUAUGGGUCAUCGCUGACCCAAAUGCACAGCCAUCAAGAUCUCCAGAUGCCCAUCCCAGAUUCUCCGUACUUUGAGCCACUCUCUACAUGUCCUACGUCGUUGAAUCCAAAGAUUACGUCACUUCCAACAACACAAAAUCCGUGUGGGUCUCCUACACCAACGGAACAAUUUGACUUUCAGGAAAGCAUCGACCCUGACGGAAAAUACAUGCUCUUCUGGAAUGUGAACAAAACUCACAUAGUAUUUGAGGCACACGUAGAAACUAACGGCUACAUCGGAUUUGGAUUAUCACCAAACGGGAAAAUGUAUCCUGCCGACAUUGUAGUUGGAUGGGUUAAAGAUGGAGUUCCUCAUUUCAAGGACAUGCACAGUGUUGGUCAUUCUAGACCUAUCGUGGAUUCGUCUCAAGACUGGCAUCUACUUUAUGCAAAUGAGGAUAGUUGUCGGACUUCUUUGAAAAUGAUCAGGAAGCUAGACACUUGUGAUGAUAAAGACUUCAAAAUCACGGAUGACACAGUGAAGAUAAUUUAUUCCUACCACCACAAAGAUCCCAGUAGUCAUGACGCCAUUAUGUAUCAUGGGGUCAACCGUGGGGUCAAAAGUCUAUUGCUCCUGUCCAAAAUAUCUCCUCCAGUGCUAGAGAGCGACUCCAAAACUAUAGAUUUUUUCAACAAUAACUACCACGUGCCUGCUGUCGAUACAACAUACAGCUGCCGAAUCUUUGACUUUUCUACUCUUCAUAAAAAGCACCACCUGACAAAGUUCGAGGUUAUUGUACAGAAAGGCCAUGAAGUGUUGGUCCAUCACAUUGUUCUUUACAAGUGUCCAGGAAUCAACAGAAACCUUAUAAACUCUCCAAAUUACGUGUGUUAUGAGGAACCGGACAAAUCCAAAAAACCGUGUGGUAAAAUCAUUGCCAUCUGGGCCGUGGGUGGAGAGGCGUUCUACUUCCCUGACGAGGCGGGACUUCCGGUGGCUGAGCCUGGAGACACAGAUCUUUACAUCAUGGAAACCCAUUACAACAACCCAGGAUUGAGAAACGACUUGGUGGAUAACUCCGGUUUCCGAUUGACCGUGACACCCACCCUGAGACUACAUGACGCCGGUAUUCUUGAGGUGUCAGCAAUGGUUGACCAGAGUCAAGUUAUUCCUCCUCAUCAGCCCAAUUUUAUCUCAACUGUCUUCUGCAACGAAUCUAUUUUACAUGAGGGUCUUACAGACUUUCCAGACGGGGUCCAUGUCUUUGGAGUCCAACAACAUGCCCAUCUUUUGGGCAAGGCAAUAAAAACUCGACUCAUCCGAGGUGGAGUGGAACAGAAACCCUUAGCAGACGACAAACAUUAUGACUUUAAUUAUCAGGACUUUCGUCGAACAAACAGAACCCUGAGAGACGGCGACAGCAUCAUUGUUGAGUGCACUUAUGACUCCACUGGACGAACCAAUGUAACAUAUGGAGGAUUUUCUACAAGUGAAGAAAUGUGUAUUUCAUUUAUAUUCCACUAUCCACGUACAAGACUUUAUGACUGUUUGAGCAAACCACUGUAUGACAGGUUCCAUCAUAGCAACAAGAAUCAGUGGAGUCUCAUGGGUACAUUGGCAUCUCAGUUUGAUGGCUUUGACUGGAAGAACUCAACUGUGUUCCAGGAGUUUAAUGAUAGUCUGGCAAAUGACUCGUACUUCUACGUAUACGGACACGACAAAAAUAUGUAUAACUACAGCAUCUUUCAUCCCCAGACCAUGUAUCCAACAACGCCUUACACAGAACCAAUAGACACAACAUGUACUGUUUAAACUCUGACUAUGUUUUAAAUCUUAACACAUAAUAUUGAGGAUGCAUAUUUUUAAUUUUUUUAUUUGAAAUAAAUAUGACUUGCACUA